AUGCAAGCAGAGGCGCCCGCCUGCUUGGCAGCCGCUGCCUGCGGUGCAAACGCCGCGCUGACGGCCCACGGCGACCACCCCUCACCGGCGACGCGUCUAUGGCUCCUAAUACCACAGGAGCUUGCCGUGCCGCCGCUGCUGGCGGGCAAGGACGUCGUUCUUGCCGCAGAGACGGGCAGCGGCAAGACCCUCGCCUACCUGGCACCAAUAGCAUCGCUGCUCCUCCGCCACCGCGAGGCCGAGGCUGAGGGUGGCGCCGCCGCCGCGCCGCCGGGGCCCGGCGCCGGCGGCGGCCCGGACGCGCCGCCGGCCGCGGCGGAGGCGCGGCGCCCCCUGGCCCUCGUCCUGGUCCCCAACACCGCCCUCGCCGCUCAGGUGCUCGUCGCCGCCGGCGCGCUGCGCGGCGCCGACGGCGCGCCGCUGCUGCGCGCGAUCACCGUCUCGUCCCGCUGUCCGCCGCCCUUUGACCGGCCCGACCUGGUCGUCACCACGCCGGGCGCCCUGGUGACGCUGCUGCGGGACGUGGAGGGUUACGGGUGGCUGUGGACGCCGGAGGGGCUGGCGUCCGCGGUGAGGCACCUGGUGGUUGACGAGGCGGACCUCUUACUAAACGGCGGUUACGAGAGGGACCUCAAAAACAUCCUGGAGCUUAUGAAGGUGUACGAGCGCCGCCAGAUGGAGGAGGCAGCUGCCGCGCAGCUGCGCGUCUCCCCGGAGCUGAUGCGCGGCCUGCCGCGGCCGCUCAAGCUCGCCCUCUGGGACGGCGGAGUGAAAGCCCUCCUGGCCGCCGGCUGGCGGAGCCCCGGCGCCGCGCGGAGCAGCGGCGGUGGCGGCGGCGGCGAGGAGCGGGCCGCCGGCAUCGGCAAGGACGCGGCGGCGGCGCUGCGGAAGCAGUACGCGUUCGUGGCGGCGACGAUGCCUGCUGUCAGCCAGGAGGACACCGGCAGCGAGCUGCAGCGGCGGUACAAGGGGGCGGUGUGGGUGGCCGGUGACUUGCUGCACCGCAGCAAGCCGCGGGUGACGCACGAGUGGGUGGAGUUGCAGGAGGACGGCCAGGCCUGGGCCGACGCGCUGACGCGCGCGGUGACGGGCUGCGAGGACUACGCGGCGGGCCGGGCGCGCGUGCUGGUGUUUUCGAAGGACGUCGCGAGCGCGGACGCGGUGUCUGAGCUGCUUGGGCGCCGCGGAGUGCGCCACCACGUGUACCACAAAGCUGUGCCUCAAGAGGACCGCGAGGCCGCGCUCCUAGCCAUGGCCACAGCUGCGGCAGCGGACGGGCCCGGCGGGAGCAGCAGCGGCAGCAGCGGCGGCGGCGGCGGCAGCGGCAGGGGCAACGUGGUUUUGGUCAGCACGGACGCGGCGGCGCGCGGGAUCGACCUGCCGGGCGUGACCCACGUAGUCCAGGCGGACUUUGCGCUGAACGCCGUGGACUUCAUCCACCGCAUCGGCCGGACUGCCCGCGCGGACCGGGGCGGCAAGGUCACGUCACUGGUGCUGCCUGAGGCGUCUGUCCUGGCGGCGGCGCUGAGGGCGUACGUCGAGGAGGGGCGGCCGCUGGAGGGCGCCUUUAGCAGAAAUCGGUCGUUCAGCAAGAAGGUCCGAAAGUACGGCACCUUUGUGCCUCGCGGAGAGGAGGGGCCGGGGGGCCGCGGCGAGGGCGGCGGCGGCGCCGAUGCGCGGCAGUGA